UAAAAAAAAAAGAAGAAGAAGAAGAAGGAGAAGAGGAAGAAGAGAGAAAAAAACAAGCGGCUUCUUCCUCGCAUUGCGCGUCAUUCAAUCGGGGCUCGGUGUACUGCUUUUUCCCCUCUGUUGCAUUAGUAAUAACAGCGGCGUUGACGGGAGACAGCAGCAGCGGCAGCAGCAGGAGAGAGAGACACAGAGAGAGAGGGGAGAGAGUGUGCGCGCGUGUGCAGUUUGUGUGUGUGUGUGUGUGUGUGGCACAUUUGAGCGGUUUUUUUUUAUUUACUCCGAGGCUUGUUGUUCCUUUUCUCUGCGUUAUGGUGAACUUGGGCAGUCACGUGUGAAGAUCUCUGCGAGUACAGAGGACAGCGACUUCUCACCUGGCGUGUCCCUUUUUGACUUUUUUUUCACGCGAGGAGGAAAUAUAUACCUGCCAUUUUUCCCCCACUUCGCUCCUGAAAAGCCGACAUCGCUGGACUCCAUCCAUUCCUGUGACGGACCACAACGGCAAGUUCUCUCCCUUAGGGAUGAAAUAUGCACAUGCACAUUCUGCACCCGUAGAAGAAAGCAGACGAGACACACGUUAAAGUCCAAAGUGGCCAUACAAGCAGCGAGGCAAUUACUCUUGCAGCAGCCAGGCAGUGGCCUGAAAUCUCCAAAGAGCCAGGACAAGCAGCGUCCACUGCAGGUUCCAGUGUCGGUGGCCAUGAUGAGUCCCCAGGUGAUCACGCCGCAACAGAUGCAGCAGAUCCUUCAGCAGCAGGUGCUCUCCCCCCAGCAGCUCCAGGCCCUGCUUCAGCAGCAGCAGGCCGUGAUGCUUCAGCAGCAACACCUGCAGGAGUUUUAUAAGAAACAGCAGGAGCAGCUUCAUCUGCAACUUCUGCAGCAGCAACACCCCGGCAAACAGGCUAAAGAGCAACAGCAGCAGCAGCAGCAGCAGCAGCAGCUGGCCGCCCAGCAGCUUGUCUUCCAGCAGCAGCUCCUGCAGAUGCAGCAGCUCCAGCAGCAGCAGCACCUGCUCAACAUGCAGCGGCAGGGCCUGCUCACGCUGCCCGGGCCUGCUCCCGGCCAGGCUGCCCUGCCCGGACAGACCCUGCCCCCAACAGCCGGCCUGAGCCCUGCAGAGCUGCAGCAGCUGUGGAAGGACGUGACCGGAGGCGGUGGUCACAACAUGGAGGACAACGGCAUCAAACACAGCAGCAACAGUGGCAACGGUACCGGCGGAGGUGGCGGCGGUUUAGACCUCUCCACCAACAACUCUUCUUCAACUACCUCCUCCUCCUCCAAUCCCGCCAAAGCAUCGCCUCCCAUCUCUCACCAUUCCAUCGCCAACGGACAGUCCCCCGCCCUCAACCACAGAAGAGAGAGGGAGCGGGAACGGGAACGGGAACGGGAGCGAGAGAGUUCACUACAUGAAGAAAGUGGAGGGACCCAUCCCCUGUACGGUCAUGGUGUAUGUAAAUGGCCUGGCUGUGAGAACAUCUGUGAGGACUUUGGACAGUUUUUAAAGCAUCUAAACAGUGAACAUGCCCUUGAUGACCGGAGCACAGCUCAGUGUCGAGUCCAGAUGCAGGUUGUACAGCAGCUGGAAAUACAGCUAUCUAAAGAACGUGAGCGUCUUCAGGCGAUGAUGACCCACUUGCACAUGCGGCCCUCGGAACCGAAGUCAUCUCCCAAACCACUCAACUUGGUGUCCAGCGUCACCAUGUCCAAGAACUUACCCUCGGCAUCGCCCCCCAACUUACCUCAGACGCCGACCACGCCCACGGCACCGAUCACACCCAUGUCCGCCAUGCCCCAGGUGCCAUCGGUACUGGGCGGAGCAAACGUGCCCAGCAUGGGAGCCAUGCGCAGACGCCACUCGGACAAAUACUCCAUGCCCCUUUCAGGUGGUGACACAGUAUUUAUUUUUCCAGAGAUCGCCCCAAACUACGAGUUUUAUAAAAACGCAGAUGUCAGACCGCCAUUUACUUAUGCAACCCUCAUAAGACAGGCUAUCAUGGACUCUGCCGACAUGCAGUUAACGCUUAAUGAAAUCUACAGCUGGUUCACGCGCACAUUUGCCUACUUCAGACGCAACGCCGCAACUUGGAAGAACGCCGUGCGCCACAACCUCAGUCUGCACAAGUGCUUUGUGCGCGUGGAGAACGUGAAGGGCGCCGUGUGGACCGUGGACGAGGUGGAGUACCAGAAACGCAGGUCGCAAAAGAUCACAGGAAGUCCGUCGCUCGUCAAGAACCUGCCCUCCAGUCUGGGCUAUGGAACUGCACUAAACGCUAGCUUACAGGCCGCGCUGGCAGAGACAUCCCUGCCUUUGCUGGGUAACCCCGGCCUCAUGGGCGGCGGCGCCACGGGCCCGAUGGGAGGCGGCUGCCACGGCCUCCUGGGCGGAGACCCGUCCAUGCUGACGGGCGGAAGUCCGCCCGGACUCUUAGGCGGCAGCCCCCCGGGCACGCUGAGCGGCAGCCCGCCCACUCUGCUGCACUCCGCCCACGAGGAGCUCAACGGAACGCUGGACCACCUGGACACCAACGGACACGGCAGCCCCAGAUACUCCCCACCAGUACACAUGGGUUUUCCAGUUUCUUUAAAUUUUGCACAUGACAAACUUAAGUGGCCGCCCGUCCACGUGAAGGAGGAGCCGCUCAACAUGGACGACGACGACUGUCCGAUGUCACUGGUGACGACGGCCAAUCACAGUCCGGAGCUGGACGACGACCGGGAGCUGGAGGAAGGGAACUUAUCAGAAGACCUCGAGUGACUGGGGAAUGGGACAGUUUUUGUUCCGACGUGUCCCCCCCCCACCAACCAACCCGCUCCCUCCACACACACACACGCCCCGUCGCACUGUUUUUUCUCACACAGACCUCCUGCAAGACUAGAAACCACUCCACAGUCCACGAAAAACACAGCUGACUCCCUCUUUGCCUCGAUCACCACUGGGACUAUUUAUUGAGCAUGCAUCCGGAUGGAGACCAGUCCAAAGGAACUCUUUGUUGCAGCCCUUUUGGACCCCCCGAACCCCCCCCCCCCCCCCCCCGAACAUGACAUGGGCAUGAGGUGUCUGGUUCAAAAUGAACUCUUCUGAGACCUAUUUCACUAUAGACGGCGUGGCCACGUCACAGUACGAGGAUGGCGGACUCACACGCGCGGAGAGAAACACCACGAGCAGGUCAUGUUCCCGGUGAAAGCUAAGCGGCCUGAUAUACUGCCAAAAAAAGAAAAAAAAAAGAAGACGUUUUAUGUUUGUGAAUAAUCCAACCCCACAGUAGUUGUUAAUGUCUAGAGACAAUUGCUGGUUCAAUUCAAGUUGUUACUCUGUUUUCAUUUGCACAGGAGUAGUCUCAGAAAUUUGUGUCACUGCCUGUAUGUUGCUCUACUAUAAUAAAAAAAACCAGUAUAUUG